GUCACAAUAGUUCAAUCAUUGCGUUCCUUGAUUUAAGUAAUUCAACAAUAGCAAAAUUAUUAUUUUAUAAGUUAUGUCCUUAGUGUACAAUAGUAAAAGCUUUGCAACCAGUUCCUUCACAGUGGGUAAUUGAUAUGAAUUCAAAAUAAAUGAUAAAAAUCUGUGUAGCAGUACCUACAUCAUAAGAACUAAAGUGUGACACUUGUAAUAUUAUCGAACAUCUUUCGUCAUCUUUAUCAUUAUCCAUUUGUUUGUUUACAAUAGUCACCAAGUUUUCACGAUAACAGAAUCCGCUAAUAGCGCGUUGUCAUGUGAUCAAUAGUUAGUUGUAAAUUAUACACUGGUGGUGUAGGACGCUAGCGUGGUUCGCUUAACAUAGUUGCUGUGCGACGGUGUAUUCGGUGUUGCGAUGGCGUUGUCUGAACGUCACUUGUUUUUAAGCAAACGUCUCGUCACUGAGAGCGGAGUGGCUGAUGGCGGUGUGCUCGUUGAUGUAAACGGAACCAUUGAACAAAUUGUUACUAGAGAAGAGGCAGACAAAAUUAUAGCAGAAAACGAUGGAAAGAUCAAGGUGGUCGAUGGCGGGAACUUGGCGCUGCUGGCCGGUGUGGUAGAUUCUCAUGUACAUGUCAAUGAACCAGGUCGCACAGCAUGGGAGGGAUUCCGUACAGCCACCAGUGCCGCCGCCGUAGGAGGCAUCACCACCAUUGUCGACAUGCCCCUGAACUCCAUUCCUCCAACUACGACGGUAGAAAAUCUGAAGAUUAAAGCUUCUUCUGCCGAUGGAAAUGUCUUUGUGGACGUUGGCUUUUGGGGCGGAGUUAUUGUUGGAAACGAUGAUUCUCUUCGAGAUCUAGUAAAAGCAGGAGUUGUUGGUUUUAAAUGCUUUCUGUGUCCGAGCGGUGUCGAUGAGUUCCCGAAUGUUGGACCUGAAGAUUUGGAAAAGGCUUUUGAAGCUUUGGAGGGAACUGGAUCAGUACUUGCAUUUCACGCGGAGCUUGAAGACGACAACCCACCCAGCAGGAAGAAAAUUAAAAAGAAAGACCCAGAAGAAUAUCAGACAUAUCUUGAAUCCAGACCACCUAAUAUGGAACUAAAUGCGGUCGCGCUCAUCAAAGACUUUGUUAGUAAGACUGACGUCAGAGUCCACGUAGUCCAUGUGUCUUCGUCCGAAGUGGUACCUCUACUCACGGAGGCGCGAAAAGUUCGUGUAGCAAGGGGAAACGAGGCCUGGCGCGCCGGAGUCACUGCUGAGACCUGCCAUCAUUACCUCACCUUCAGCGCUGAUCAGAUCCCCAAGGGACGAAGCGAAUACAAAUGCGCUCCACCUAUUAGAGACAAGAACAAUAAGGAAAAACUGUGGGAGUAUUUACUGGAAGAUAAGUUGGAUUUGGUGGUGUCAGAUCAUUCGCCGUGCACUCCAGACCUGAAAUGUUCAAACAAUUUGGAGGCAUGGGGUGGGAUUUCGUCUGUUCAAUUCGGUUUGUCUUUAUUCUGGACGUCGGCAAGUACUCGAGGACUGGACCUGACUGCCAUUAGUAAAUACAUGAGUUCAGCACCGGCCCAACUAUGUGGCCUUCAGAAUCGCAAAGGAUCCUUGAAGGCAGGUCUUGAUGCUGACCUCAUAUUCUUCGACCCCGAUGCGUCCUUCACCGUCACUAAAGAUAUUAUACGACACAAGAAUAAGGUAAAAUUAAUAAUGAACUUGUCUUAACAGCCCACCUACUACUAAGGUCUUU